GUAGGCUACCUUUUUAGUUAGUUCCAGAUGUUAUGAGACCGCACAUUUUCUUAUCAGUGGUUAAGCCUCGCCACAAAGUUCUACUCAUGUAACCCCAUAUAUUAUGUCCCUGUUGGUGACUUAUGGCGGCCGCCGAAAGUUCUAAGGCCCUAUCUCUUGGAGACAUUUUUGAACAAGGGUUUGUUUUACAUUGUGAGAUAGAAGAUGACGAUGGAUCAAGCACCUCGGAGAUAUUUCAGAAGAAGGUCAGCACUGCUGUAGAUCACUUUGUUCGUGCCACAGAAAUAGUCAAUGGUUUGGCUUUGUUCAGUGGAAAUGAAGAGUUGUCUGAGGUUCCAACUUCUGAGUUAAGAUAUCUAUUGUUACCAGCUUUUCUUGGUGAUCUGUUUCUGAGGAAGAUUGAAACUGAUAGAAUGACUUUACUGAACAUUGCAAAGGUUUACUUUAUUGACUUUCUUAAAAGAUGUAAAAAUUAUGGACUGAAAGACCUGGACCUCUCCAGAUACUAUGAAGAAACAGAUGAACCAAGAGUGGAAGAAAAAAGUAUUAAUCAAAUGGCAAACAGUCGUCAAGAAAAAAUAGCAAGAUACAAGGAACAAAAGGAACAAGAAAAAAGAAUAAAGGAACUCCAGAAUAUCCUUGGUGAGUCAUCCAGGCCUGUAACAGAUGAAGAUACUCAGAGAAGUUAUUAUGUUCUGCUCUUAAAGUUUUGGAUCAACAAAGUUGUGGAUCAUUUAGCAAGUCUUCAAAGUGAAGUGGAGAUCUUGAAACACAUGCAGACAGUAAAAGGCAGAGAAGAUGACAGACCUGUAACCACAAAGCCUCAACAGAGCUUUAAACCAAUUCUGAUAACUAGGGAAAUGAUUAGGAACAAAGUCUUUGGGGCAGGGUACCCAAGUGUUCCUACCAUGUCACAGGAGGAAUUCCUAGAAAAAGAAAUUCUUGAGGGAAAAGUUGUGUUAGAUUACAAAGAGGACCAAAUGAAGAAUAAGGGCAAGACAAGUGAUGAUGAAUCUGAAAGUGAAGAUGACCCUGUUAAGCUUCAGAAGAAAAGAGACUGGGACGAGUGGAAAGAUGACCACCGCCGUGGAUGGGGCAAUAGGGAGAAUAUGGGAUGAAGUGAUGGCAACAGAGGGCAGCAGAAGGCUCCCUUUUACCAGAGGCCUUCUCCUUGGUAUGCUUACCUUGGGCAAGAAGUGAGGGUAGCACCUGCUUAAGAUCAAGAUCUACUGGAUAAACCAAAUGAGAACCUUCUUAAGAGGAAGGUGGACUGCAUUUAACUGAAUCAGCCUGAGCAAGAGAAGUAAGAACUAAGUUUGUGAGAUUAUCCUCAAGGGAAGCCAUGCACACUGUAAUUCAAAAGACAGGCAGCAACAACCAAGGAUACAAGGAAGAAUUGUUCUUAGAUCGUUUGAACUAAAAGAUGCAACCCAUAAUUUGUUAUCAGCUUUUAAAUUUUUCAAGUAGAGAAAUCCACUCUAGCCAUUAAUGUGAUCUUGGCCAAAUAAAUAACAUACCCACAGACACAUCAAGUUCCAGCAUCAUAAGGUGAUUCAUUCCCAAAAUAAAUGUUUCUUUUGCAAAGCUA